AUGGCCACCCAGGCCCCGGCUCUCGGCGGCGCCAGCACCUCGUCCCCCUCGUCCGCAAAACCACCGCGGCACUCGCCCUGGGAUCCCUACACCCCGCUCCCGCCCAGCACAAAGCGCAGGCUCGACCCGCGUGAACAUGUCGCUCCCCGCCCCUACCUGCAAGAGCUCGACAUCCCCGCCGACGUCGCAGAAGAGCGCGUCGCCGGCAAGCUCCUCCAGCUCGACCUCCCCGAGGGCAAGGUGAGCGACCGCCGCAAGGCCGACCUCGCCAAGCGCGACCUCGAGAUCGAAAGGAAGCGCGCAAAGCGCCUGCGCGAGGGCGACUGCGGCCUGAGCGGGCGCAGGAAACGCGCAGCUCGAGGGACCGCCGCAGCCGGAUCUGUCAACUACGACGCCGUCCUCCCCGUUCACCACCUCUGGCUCGGCUACAUCUCCGAGCUGCUCGCCGUCCCUCUCGUCGUCCCCUCGCCAGCCUCGCCCUCACUCGCGCCCGACGCUGCAUCGACCGGCGCGCCCGAGCCCGACAUCACGUCGACUCUCCUUCCCACCUACCCGAGCCGGCACGCCGUCCCGACUCUGCCCCGAGACGAGCAGAUCAACGUCGUCAACCUGCACGCCAAGAUGGUCAAGGCCGACUUUACCGGCUGCUCGCUCAGCGUCAAGCGCGCCAAGAACCCGUCGCUCGUCGGCUUGCGAGGCCUCGUCCUGCAGGAGACGCACGGCACCUUCAAGCUCGUCACGCCGGGCUCGCAGGUCAAGGUCGUCGCCAAGCAGGGCUCGAUCUUCAACAUCGUCCUGCCCCUCGCGCCCACGGCCUCGAGCGCCGCAUCCCGCGAGCUCAGCUUUGACCUGUUCGGCGACUCGUUCGCGUACCGGCCCGCAGACCGUGUCGGCAAGCGGUGGAAGGCCGGGACGAGUGCGGGCGGCGUCGAGCUGGUGUAGCUCGGGGGCGAGGCUGUCCUGUCACGAGUUGGUCGACUUUCCUG